ACCGGACCCCGGCCGCUACGCCUCUCCAGCUACCGGCGCCCGUUUGAGUAGCCUGUAGCCGUGGGCAUCGUAAUGGCCGUGGCGCCCGUCCGGCUCGUGGCGUGCAUUGUCACCCUGGCCGCCGUGGCGCCGGGCGGAGUGGCGGGGCACACGCGGGGCGUGCGGCCCGGGACCCCGAAGCAGCAGCCGUUCCCGGAGAAUGCGACGCGGGCGGAGGAGAUCGAGCGGCAGUUCAUGGAGUGGGUGAGGUACAUGGGCGGGCUGGAGCACAGCACGUUCCACCACGCGCUCGCCCGGGCGUUCCCUUCCUACACGCUCGUCGUCGACAGGAACCCGGCGUUCGGCGACUUCACCACCAUCCAAGCCGCCGUCGACUCGCUCCCGGUCAUCAACCUCGUCCGCGUCGUCAUCAAGGUCAACGCCGGCACCUACACGGAGAAGGUGAACAUAUCGCCGAUGCGCGCGUUCAUCACCCUCGAGGGCGCCGGCGCCGAUAAGACGAUCGUGCAGUGGGGCGACAGCGCGGACAGUCCGUCCGGGCGGGCGGGGCGGCCGCUCGGCACCUACAAUUCCGCGUCGUUCGCCGUGAACGCGCAUUACUUCCUCGCCAGGAACAUCACUUUCAAGAACACGUCGCCGGUGCCGAAGCCGGGGGCGUCGGGGAAGCAGGCGGUGGCGCUGCGGGUGUCUGCGGACAACGCGGCGUUCGUGGGGUGCAAGUUCCUGGGCGCGCAGGACACGCUGUACGAUCACUCGGGCCGGCACUACUACAAGGACUGCUACAUCGAAGGCUCUGUGGACUUCAUCUUUGGCAAUGCGCUCUCUCUGUACGAGGAUUGCCACGUGCACGCGAUCGCGCGGGACUACGGCGCGCUGACGGCGCAGAACCGGCAGAGCAUGCUGGAGGACACGGGGUUCUCGUUCGUCAACUGCCGGGUGACGGGCUCCGGCGCGCUCUACCUCGGCCGCGCCUGGGGCACCUUCUCCCGCGUCGUCUUCGCCUACACCUACAUGGACGACAUCAUCGUCCCGCGCGGCUGGUACAACUGGGGCGACCCUAACCGCGAGAUGACAGUGUUCUACGGGCAGUACAAGUGCACGGGCCCCGGCGCGAGCUUCUCCGGCAGGGUGUCGUGGUCGCGCGAGCUCACCGACGAUGAGGCCAAGCCCUUCAUCUCGCUCAGCUUCAUCGACGGCACGGAGUGGAUCAGGUUGUGACUUGUGAGAGAUCAAUCAAUCUAUCUAUAGUUCGUUGUAGCACACGGCAUCAUAGCGUCACACGAUGUAAAGGAGUAAAAACGGAGGAAAAUAUAUACAGAUUCAUUUGCAG